AAUCAACUAUAGAAGACUGGGUAAUACUUAGCUCAAGACUUGAAGAUAAACAGUCUAGAGAAGAACGCAACCGAUUCUUAGAUGCUAUAUUUAUAUUGACAAGGUGGAUCGACAUUGAGUUAAUUAAUAAGGAAAAGCUCAGAUCCUUGAAUCAUCCAGUAGCUAAAAUCCUUGUUAUGCAUACCGGUGGCAGGGAGGCGAAAAAUGCUGAUUCUGAUAUGGCAAAAGGACUUGAAGCUCAGCUGUUCUCAGCCAGAGGGGCAC